AUGUCAUCAAACGACGCACAAAAGGUUAUGGAAAAUGUUGCAUCAGUUGCAGCAGGUCAACCACAUGGAACUGGCUUUGCAAAGUCGGCAAGUGAUAUCGAUGUUGGUGAAACACUGCACGAAACGGGAGCACGAGUUGUUGCAGCUCUAAAAGGUGAUUUCAAAACAGCAUUGAAACCUGGAACGAAUUAAUGUGGCUCAUAGAUUCACCAAAAAGUGGCAGUACACAAAAACAGACUCAUUCUCUUCUCUAUGAUAAUCAUGAAUGUUAUUUAAUCACUUUUUUCCAAGGGGGAAACAGCAGACUCCGGGACUCCAAAAUGGUACAAUUAUUUGCAAAAUCCCUCAAUCUGUUUUAUCAUAGAAAUACU